AGCGGGUUUGCAGCGUCAAAACGCUCUCUCUCUCUCUCUCUUACUCACACCCCACUCUCUCUCUCUCCUCUACUCCGCGGCGUAGAUCCGAGGAGUUUUGGCUCUUCGUCGCCGCAAAAAUCAACACCGUCUCUAUCUUCAGAUCUCUCUUUUGAUUCAGAAAAAUGCCGUCUCUGCAAACAGCAUUAUCUCCUGAGCUUGCCAACUAUGCCAUCAGGGUCAAGAGCAUUUCUCAAUCUGAAUUUUUUUCUCUUAAUUGUUCAGCCGUAAUAUGUAUGAACUCUAAUACUGAAACAGAGUGUUUUUAAUUAUGAAUUAGAAACAUCAAAAAGUCAACAAUUCCAGUUCUAUUUUGUUGUAUAAAUGAAGCAAUGGUAAGCAGAGAAUUAGUAUUAUUUUCAAACCCCUCUCCAAUUGCAGCCUUACCAAUUCAUUUAUGAGUUUUAUUAUGCAACUUAUCUUGUAAUUUUGAUAUGCAGCUUUAUCGCGAAUGACCCAAGAGGGCUACAUCAGAAAUUCUGCAAUCCCAAAUCAAUUCACAACUACCCUCUUCCCUUACACUCACCCGAUUUACAUUUGAUUCGUUUGUCACGAUUCGAAGGUUUCAACAAUUAGUACUACUAUUAGUUGAGUUUCACUCUGAACAUUCUUCACUGCCAAAAAAAUGUCUUCUUUGCAUAUUCCAUCACUAUCUCGGUUCCAGUGCUUCCCAGUUAUUCAUCACCGUUUUACGCCGCGAUGUGUGGUGAAGACUCCAUUUUUCAACGCCCCUUUUGGUGCUGAGUGUUCUACGUUUUUGCCUUCUGCUCUGCCGAAUUCAACCAGCCAGGUGUCUUCUUUCAGUCAGUUGAUUGAGUCUUUAAUAAGUGGGGUGGAUUUAUCAGAAGAUGAAGCUGAGGCCUCUCUUGAUUUCUUGUUGGAUGGUGCUGAUGAGGCUUUGAUUAGUGCAUUUUUGGUGUUGUUGAGAGCCAAAGGAGAAACAUUUUGAAGAAGUUGUUGGGCUUGCCAGAGCGAUGGUAAGUCAUUGUAAAAAAGUGGAAGGGCUUGUUGAUGCUGUGGACAUUGUUGGGACCGGUGGUGAUGGCGCGAAUACGGUCAAUAUCUCUACUGGAGCUUCGAUUCUUGCUGCAGCUAGUGGCGCAAAAGUGGCUAAGCAAGGGAAUCGAUCUAGCUCAUCCGCUUGUGGUAGUGCCGAUGUACUUGAAGCUUUAGGGGUUGCAAUUAACUUGGAACCAGAGGAUAUUAAAAGGAGUGUAAAUGAAGUAGGAAUCGGGUUCAUGAUGUCUCCAAUAUAUCAUCCAGCAAUGAAAAUUGUUAAACCUGUCCGAUUGAAGCUGAAAGUAAAGACUGUGGUUAACAUCUUAGGGCCCAUGUUGAAUCCAGCCAGAGUUCCUUAUGCCGUUGUUGGGGUGUACACAGAAGAUCUAGUCCAUAAAAUGGCAAAAGCACUUCAAAGGUUUGGCAUGAAAAGGGCGCUGAUCGUUCACUCUGAGGGGCUGGACGAGAUGAGUCCCCUUGGGCCGGGGCUAGUUCUUGAUGUCACUCCGGAUAAGAUAGAAAAGUUCUCAUUUGAUCCACUGGACUUUGGAAUCCCUCGCUGCACGCUGGAGGACCUGCGGGGUGGAGGGCCGGAGUACAAUGCUGACGUGCUGAGGCGCGUUUUAGCAGGAGAAAAAGGGUCUAUUGCGGAUGCUUUGGUGCUAAAUGCGGCAGCUGCUCUUCUCGUGAGCGGGCGUGUAAACAAUCUAGCAGAAGCAGUGGAUCUCGCUCGUAAAACGCACGAAUCUGGCAAAGCUAUCGAGACUCUCCAUCGCUGGAUCGAGACGUCGAAUAAGAAGGAAGCAACUACUGUUAGUGAUGCGCCAGUUCCCGCCUAAAUACCAACAGGAAGCUGAUACAGUAGUCUUUUUGUUGUUUUUUUUCUUUUUGGAACACAUAGUAACAUUGAAAUUGUGGAUUUAUUGAAAUAAAAUUUGCAUCAUUGCAUCAAA